CUUUUAAAACAGCAGCAGUAUGUGGUCUUUGUUGCUGGCACAAUUGCGCAAAAACUCAACAACAAGAGUGUAAACGGUGUACAGAUAAAGAGUAGGCUGGUUUGCCCUGUAGCCUCACUGAAAACACCAUGACAUGAUGAAGCAACAGAGAUUUUUUGACGCACAGAGAUUUCUGCAGGAUUUUUUGUGUUUGAUUCUUUGCUGAUCUCAUAGACAACAUGCCCCACGCUCGAAAUAGGAACCCUAGCCCCAUCCCAGAGGUAACAUGGGACACGGGAUUGAAGGAGAUGAACGAGACCUGGAAAGGAGCUAUAGCCUGUCUCGGGGUGGCCGUCUUCUUUGUUAUGACCAUCGGGAUCAUAUAUUGGCAAGUGGUGGACCAGCCCAACAAAAACUGGAUCCUCAGGGGGACUUUUAGCGGACUGAUCUGGGAGAGGAGAACCCACUCGCUGGUCAUACAGACCCUGGCGGAGGACAAUACAUAUGUAGAGAUAGAUGUGGGGAACGUAGGAAACCCCGACAUCGAGGUUCCCUUCGUGAGGAACCUUUGCUGGCUGAAUAAAACUGAGUUCUGCUAUACAUGGGACUCGGUGGCCGAAGUGAAGAUCUCGCUGGAGGUGAAUGAGGAGACGGAGACGGAGUGCUACAGUAUGAUUUGGGCGCCGGUGCACUGUCAUGUUGAGCUGAAGGACUGCUUUUCCAUGACCAACGUGUCCUGGUACGGCGGCGCCAGUGUCCGGGGUCAGACAUGGCCGAUAAACGAUCAGAACGCCACCAUGCAGCCCUACAUUGUGAGUGAUCUUAAGGACAAUCCCUCUGGCUUUGGCUCUGCCCUGGAACACUACUUCCUGGGCUCAUCAGGUGUCGCGGUGCUUGUGUCCCCUGAUACUCCCCUGCAGCUGGGGGUGGACAGCAGACAGCAGUUCUGCCUGCAGUCGCUGCCCAGUAUGGAGCGUCUUCCUCUGCAGUACACCGUGUGCGUGGCCCACAACGUGAAAGCUGCUCACCAGGAAGCGGUGCAGCAACUCUUCCGGCACAGCAGGGAGCUGCCCAACAUGAAAGCGCUGUGGCUGCCGUUCUGGAAGCUGCUCGCCAAUGUGGAUUCAGGGCCGAAGGUAGAGAGGGAGCUGAGGACCUUCACUAAUCGUCUGAGGAGACACCAGCUGGGGGAGGGAGUCAUCAGCCUCAAUGAACAUUCCACCACCCUCCUCUCCGAUAUGGACCAUGACUACCUCAACAGCAGGAAAAGGGGGAUGUCCAAGAGACUGACCAGGGACCUGCCACUUGUCAAGCUUCUUAACAUUUCCAUCACCCUGUCACCUUUCCUGGGCGUGGACACUACGCAGUUCCACACCUCCCUCAUGGACGGCACUGAGGCCUACUGGCUCAGUCUCCCCUCAGCCCCUCAGGGAAAGCUGAUCCCUGUGAUGAGUCAGUGGCGAGGGAAGUUCUGCGUAAAGCUGAACAUCACCAACCCAGGAGCGGUGAGCUGGUUCCUGGACAGGGUGGGAUCCCUGGAGGCCCAUUUGGGGAUGGAGUAUGUCAUGCUGGAGGGGGGCGAAGGGAAUCUGUUUGAGGAGCAAGCCCUGCGACCGCCUCAGGACCUCGCUGGAGACAAGUACAUCAGCCUGAUGGCCGACCUGGCCGCAAGGAUAGGAGACUCCACCAUCAUGACAGCAGGGACACGGUCGAGCCAUAAGCCUCUGUUUGUGAGGAUGACCCCAUUGCAGUCCGACUGGAGCCCAAUGGGCCUGAAGGGCAUCAUUCCCUCCCUGCUGCACCACACUCUGCUGGGAUACAACUUCCUCAUUCCUGAUGCAGUAGGUGGCUCUCUGUCUGGAGACCUAGUCACAGAUGAGGAGUUGUUCAUCCGUUGGCUGGAAAUCACAGCCUUUCUCCCUGUUAUCAGCUUCCACACACCACCCUGGGUCUACGGAGAGGACCGGGUGCUGAACCUAACACGGGCCUACAUAGCAAAGCACCAGCGGGACGUGGUCCCACUGAUAGAGAAGUAUGCAGAGGAGUGGCAGAUGACGGGAAACCCCAUCUACCGGCCCAUGUGGUGGCUCAGUCCCAGUGACCCCAUGACUUUCACCAUUGAUGACCAGUUCCUAAUUGGAGACGAGGUCCUGGUGGCACCGGUGGUGGAGAAAGGGGCAGUGCAGAGGGAUAUUUAUUUACCUGAUGGGGGCUUUCAGUGGCAGGACAGCCAGAAUGCUCAGGUGUUCGAUGGGGGGACGUUCCUACAGGACUACCCUGUGCCCUUGGAAGGGGUGGCUGUUUUUUUACGAAGAAGCUGAGUCAUCUGACUUACCCUGUUACUGUUCUGAAUCAAAUUAUUUUCUUCUUUUUUUUUUUUAAUUACUCGUGCUGUUCUCAACUUGCACUUUUCCACUAAAGACCAUUGACCCUGUCUCAAGGC